GACCCGCGGGGCCAUGCGCGACAACAAUGGCCAGCCUCGCGAGCAUCGCCACUCUAGCCAGUCGCGGUGGGGCCGCGGUGCUCAGGGAUUUCUAGAGAGCCCUGCAUCGCGCACGCCACGACACUCCAGCCAUCGCUCCGGAUCUCGCUCUUUCGUCGCCACGUUCCAGUCGAGCCCUGCUUUCUGCCAAGUCUGCGACGCUAUAUACCUUCGCCCCCCCCCCCACGCUCCCUCUCCCUCCUGCGAUAUCCCAUUCUCCAUGUCCUGUGAAUGCGCGCGCCGCUGCCGAUGCUCACACGAUUCUGUAGUUUGUCAUUUCUUGUUUCAGGGGUUCCGCCUCUCUGAGAUCCCGCCGUCCGCGCUCCUUGGGUGUGCAACUUGUCGAUGAUCACACGAUUCAGGGAUUUGUCAUAUCGUGUCUCGAGGCUCUAACGCAGGGGACUGCUGCUGCUGGCGUUGUGGCGUUGUGGAAUUGUCGGCUUUUUGGGCACUGGAAGAGCAUACUCGAUUCGGGAGGUCUCCGUGUCGUUGGAUAUAUCAGAAGUUAAUUUUGGGUGUUCUUACGCCGCAGAAUUGGCAACUACAGCAGAGUCCAGAGGUUAACGCAAGCUUGCCGUGAUGUCGAGCCCCUACAAUGAGGUGUACUAUGGGGGACCCAUUGAUCCCCUGUAUCCUCCCUCUCGGUUACACCAUCCGUUUUUCGAUUCUUCAAUCGGUCGGCCAAUGCUGCCAGAUGUCCAGUUCAGAGUCCCCAUGGAGACUAGGCGAGACGUUGACAAGGUGAAAGACGCUCUGGACAUUGAUGGUGUUCGGUCUGUGGAUUGCGACCCUGUGACUCAGACUGUAACAGUCUCCGGCAAUGUGCCUUACCAUCGGCUUCUAAAGAAGCUGAAACAUGUCAAGAGGCGAUCAAAGCUCAUUAGCUUCAUCCCCGACCACCCCUACAGCACUUACAACCAUGGGUCUUACCCCGUUGAUUCGACUUACAGCUCCAGCUCUUAUGCUCGUUCCUACCGGCGUCCCCUCAGCCCUCCUCAUCUUCGAUCCAACUCGUAUGUAGCGUAUCCUCACCUGGAGCGACCCUACUAUGAGGAUUACGAGGACUACCGACCCCACCGAUACGGUGGCUAUUAACAGGUCACUUGCGAGUAUUGAGCGGUGAGAGGGAGACUUCACAUCAUUUUUGUAAAUGUCCAUUAUCAGAACUGAGCUAGGUUUGGCGCCUUCAUAAAUAAAUAACAUCAGAAACUUACUUUUUUAAUGUAUAAUUUUGUAUUUUCUUAGAAAGGCAAGCUAAGACCACUGUCUGGGUAAGAGAUUCAGAGAGCAAAAUUUUCUGCGGUUACUUUUUUCUUUUUUUCUUCUUUUUGUUUUUGAAAGUUAUAAAGUAACCCACAUUACCUUGUACAUACGAACGUUUCUUGUAAAAUUGAUUCUCUUUGUAGCUCA